GUUCAACUCUCAGCACUAGCUCAAGUAUCGAUACUCUACAUCGAUAUUAUUGCAGUACACAGGUCAAUAGGUCACUCAAGAUGGCGGCUGUAGCAGAAAACCCAUUCCAGAAUGUUGUCAAGGAGCUGGAGGUCGAGGGUAAAAAAUUCACCUAUUUUGACCUCGCCAGUCUCGGGAAGGAGAAACUCGCACCCCAUCAGCCCCAUCAUCAGGAGGGGUGCGCUACUCCCCCAGCCCUACUGCUGCUGCUGCUGCUGCUGCUGCUGCUGGACGACCCGGUAGACGUAGUGGUGGUGGUGUUGGUGUUGGUGGAGGGUUCGCUGUUGUCGGUCGCAGCGGCUUCAACGACAGCAACAACAGCGGUAACAAUGAUGGUGGUGGUGACGUUGGUCUGUAUCGGCCAUGCUGUAAGCGACAACCGCGACCCAUUAUCCCUCGCCGGCUGAUCCCAGGACAACAUCAACAACAGCAACAACAGCAGCAGAAGUGCCAAGAGCCUCAUCCUACGGCCAUAUCGCCUCCCUCCUCUGCCUCCUCCUCCUCCUCCUCCUCCUCCUCCCUCACUUCUACGACACACGCCCCUCACCGAGAGGCUCCCCCAGCAAACAGCGGCAAAAACGACGACGGAAAUAAUCCAUCACCAUCGUCGUCGUCGUCGUCAUCUUUUUCGCCUACGUCUCGACGAGUGGUCUCGCCACCUCCAAAUCAUCUGCGACCGCAACGGCCAGCUUCCUUCUCGUCCGCCUCCUCUUCAUCGUCAUCUUCCCAACAACAACAACCACCACCACCACCAUCAUCAUCGUUUUCAUCAUCGUCGUCGUCGCUCCGUCCCUCUUCGUCGUCCUCCUCGAAUGCCGCGGCCCGUGCCGCCCCACAUUGGCCCCACAGCCAGUUCCCAGUACACAGUCCUAGUUGUCCCUUCCACGCACAGCCGACCAAAGGUGCUGAUGCCUUGGAGAAGAAUCAGGAGUUGGAGUUUGAGCGCAACAGAGAACGCUUCCUCUUCUGUAAGUGGGGCGCCCAGGCUCUGCGCAACAUGCUGAUCGUCCCCCCUGGCUCGGGCAUCGUGCAUCAGGUGAACCUGGAGUACCUGGCCCGCGUGGUGUUCAGCGACAGCACCUGCCUCUACCCGGACAGCGUGGUCGGCACCGACUCGCACACCACCAUGAUCAACGGGCUGGGCGUCCUGGGAUGGGGUGUUGGCGGUAUCGAGGCUGAGGCUGUGAUGUUGGGUCAGGCCAUCUCCAUGGUGCUGCCCCAGGUGGUGGGCUACAAACUGACGGGCACUCUGCACCCACUGGUCACCUCUACUGACGUGGUGCUGACUAUUACCAAGGUCGCGAUGCGCAGAAGGUGAGCGUGAUCGAGGCGUACCUCAAGGCCAACAACUUGUUCCGAGACUACGAGAACACAGCCCAGGAUCCCAUCUUCUCUGAGGUGGUAGAGCUGGACCUGUCCAGUGUGGUCCCGUGCUGCUCCGGGCCCAAGCGUCCCCACGACCGCGUCGCCGUCACCGAGAUGAAGGAAGACUUCCUCAAGUCCCUCACCAACAAAGUGGGAUUUAAGGGAGACCUAGUUGUGUGUGGCGUCCUCUCUGGCAACAGGAACUUUGAGGGUCGCAUCCACCCGCUGACCCGCGCCAACUACCUGGCGUCGCCCCCUCUGGUCAUCGCGUACGCUCUCGCCGGGACGGUCAACAUCGACUUUGAGGUUCAGCCUUUAGGAGUGGAUGCAGACAACAAGCCGGUGUUCCUGCGAGACAUCUGGCCCACGCGGGAUCAGAUUCAAGCUGUGGAGAAACAGCACGUGGUGCCCGCCAUGUUCCAGGAUGUCUACUCCCGCAUCUCGGAAGGCAACCAGCGUUGGAACGGUCUAGAAGCACCCGCCAGUGAUCUGUACCCAUGGGACCCCAAGUCCACCUACAUCAAAUCGCCGCCUUUCUUCGACGAUAUGGAGCGUGAGGUUCCCCCCGUCCGCUCCAUCGAGAACGGAGCCGUGCUCCUCAACCUGGGCGACUCGGUCACCACGGACCACAUCUCUCCGGCCGGCAGCAUCGCCCGCAACAGUUCCGCUGCUCGCUACUUAGCCUCCCGAGGCCUGGUUCCCCGCGAGUUCAACUCGUACGGUUCGCGCAGAGGUCACGACGAGGUCAUGGCGCGCGGAACCUUCGCCAACAUCCGUCUAGUCAACAAAUUCCUCAGCAAGCCCGGGCCCCGAACCCUGUACCUUCCCACUGGGGAGGAGAUGGACAUCUAUGACGUUGCCCAGCGCUACGCACAAGACAAACGGCCACUGGUCAUCCUGGCAGGAAAAGAGUACGGCUCGGGAUCCUCUCGUGACUGGGCCGCCAAGGGACCUUGGAUUCUUGGCGUGCGUGCUGUGAUCGCGGAGAGCUACGAGCGCAUCCACCGCAGCAACUUGGUGGGCAUGGGCAUCGUGCCGCUGCAGUACCUGGCGGGCCAGUCGGCCGACUCGCUGGGCAUCACGGGCAAGGAGGGAGUGACCAUUCAGCUGCCUGAGCAGAUAGUGCCGGGCCAGAACAUCACUGUGGCGCUGAGUGACGGACGUUCCUUCGAGGCGCGACUGCGAUUCGACACGGAGGUCGAGCUGACCUACUUCAGGCACGGCGGUAUCCUCAACUACAUGGUGCGGCGCAUGUUGUAGGUGGCAGCACGUUCUACUGUGUUGUAGGUCACAGCACGUUUAACUGUGUUGUAGGGCGCAGCACGUUUUACUGUGUUGUAGGUCACAGCACGUUUAACUGUGUUGUAGGUCGCAGCACGGUCCAUCGCUGUCUUUGAAACAGGAGGAGGGAGAUACGGUUUUGGUGCCAUUUGCGACGGAAGCAGGCUGUGCUACUACUACUGGGGGUUUUGGAGCCGCUGUGAAUUCUUCGUUUGUUUGUUGUGAGGUUACCAUCGCUGCGUUACGUUCCUCUGUUGGUUGUGAAGGGGAAAGAAAGCAUUUCGGCUGCUCAGCGUAAGACCCUUGGUCAUACUCGUGCGUCACUUUUCAAAAUGGCGUAUGGCGUCAUAUUCAUGUGUUACUUUUCAAAAUAGCUUAUGGCGUCAUACUCAUGUCACUUUUCAAAAUAGCGUAUGGCGUCGUACUCCUAUAUAUGUCACUUUUCAAAAUGGCGUUUUGCGUCAAACUCAUGUCACUUUUCAAAAUGGCGUAUGGCGUCGUACUCGUGCGUCACUUUUCUAAACGGAGUAGGAAGGAGUUUUACGCUAAGCAAUUGAAUCAGAGGAAAAUGAGAUGUUGAAUAAUAUGUACAGGAGGUUGAUAUUUUCAGCCAGAGCUAAAGGAUGAAACGUUAUUCCCUUUUUUUCCAUCCGUUGAUUCAGAAGGGGAGAAAAUUUUAGAGGAGAGGGAAAAAAAAAAGAGUUAAAUAUCUAUAAGAGGUUGCUAUUUGCAAGGAUGAAAUUAUAUUCUUUGUGAAUAGCACAUGGCAGAGAACGACCUUGAAUGAACAUAAGUUGGUGAGGAAAAAAAAAAAAAAAAAAAAAGAUCAAAAUCUGUUGCAGUACAAGGAGGGAGGGGAGGGGGUGUGCACAGAAGUAGUCUAUGCAUCUGUCAGACCACAGACUGAUAUAAUAUUCCUAGACUGCAAACUGUCGUGGCUUCCGCUCUUUGAUCUCUAUAAAAACUUCACUGCCAAGCGUGCGCUCUACGGGCCGCGCGCGCCAUUACGCACAAAUAACAGGCAAUACACCACAGUCUGGCUAUAAUAAAAGGAGUGCGCAUCGUACCUUUCUCCGUUGACCUUUAUUUGGCUCACAUUGAGUCCAAAUGUUUCGGCUUUAUCGUGAACUGGAUAUAUACGACAAGAGAAUGCAUGGUCUAGGAUUUUAUUAUAAGUAGAAGUCUAUGGGUUUGACUUUGUCACACUUUAUGAUUGUUUGGUGGUUAGUUAUUUAUGAAAACACAGAUCUUGUAUGUUUCAUGUGUGUUAUAAGAAAUAAUAAUAAUAAUAAAUUGCAUUUAUAUAGCGCAUUUCCACAAAGAAGUGCUCAAUGCGCUGUGUGUGUUAGACUUGUUCAGAACACAGAAGUAUUUAUUUCAUGUGUUAGUAAAUUUGGUGACUUGUUGAGCCAGCCACCUCCCAACCAAGAAAUCCCCCACAGCCUUGGAUUUUUCUUACUCCUUUAAAAAAAAUAAUUUUUUUAAAAAGUUUUGUUUUUUCCUUCCUUCGUUUUCGACAGAUGAUGGAUGGAAGCAGCGUUUCCUCUACUAUAACAUAACCAGAAAGUGAUAUAACUUGUCUCGUAUUUUGUGGACGUUUUGGUUCAGAUAGUAUCGGGCAUUCUUCUUCUUCUUCUAGCGUCAUGUGUAAUGUGUAGGGAAAAACAUACGUGGUGCUGACACGGAAUGAAAUAUUGAUAUAUAUAUAUAUAUAUAUAUAUAUAUAAUGUCAUAAUGUCAUGUGUAUGUAUGUAUUUGUGUGUGUGUGUGUGUAUCGGUGCAGUUGUUCAUUCACUUCCUAAGAAAUGUGGUGUCUUCUGAAUGAUUUUUAUUCUUACUAUCUUGCUAUCUUGGACGUUUUUUUAGGCAGUUUUGUUUUGUUUUUGUGGCUUUUGUGACAAUCAGUGUUGUGUGUGUGCGUGCGUGCGUGCGUGCGUACGUACUUGUGCGAUGCCCAUUUCUUGUCGUCGGUGUGUCCUGUUGAAGAAUGAGUUCAAAAAGGUUUUGUCCUGUUGGUUGUCGGGUGGAGGGGGGUGGGGGGGGAUGUUGUUGCAGAUUGGUUUGGGGAGGUCGUGCAUGUGUGUAAAUCGUUGGUCUUGGUUACUUUGAGCGGGAGUUCAAAGGUCGGUUUGUUCUAACUUAACGCUGAGCACCGCAGUGCUGAAUUUAUUUUGUGUGGAAUGUUGGUCUAGGCAAAAACUUUGAGGGAGAGUUCAAAGGUCGGUUUAUCCUUGAGGAUGUAGCGUAGUGCGGAAUUGAUUUUGUGUGGAAUUUUGGUCGUGGCUAUUUCGAGCGAGAGUUCAAAGGUCGGUUUGUCUUUGAGGGGGGGGGGUGUAGCGUAGUGCAGAAUUGAUUUUAGUUUUUGGAUUCCUCUUUCGUUGCCACUAACUUGCGUGUCAUACAUGAUAAUAUGAGCUUCCAUUUUAAAAGGGGGGGGGGUUCAGUUUGCAUUUGUUUUGUCGCUGUAGUGGUUUUUGUUGUUGUUACUGUUAUCAAGUCAAGUCUUAAACAAACUGCCCAGACUGCCGUGGUUUUGGAUGUAUAUUUUUUUAAACUUUUCCGAUCCAGCUGCCAUAUGGGUGGGUUCUCUAGCCCUUCGGUCUGUCGAUAUGGCAAAGAAUUUACAGUUUUUCAUCAGCUGUGCUUUGUUUUGGAUGUAUUAGUACCGAAAAUGUAUUGUGUAUUAUUAGUAGUAUUAUUACCGUAUAUAUGUUGGUGAAGUUGCUUGUAUCGAUGCUCGCGUAUUGUGAAUACAUAAGGGCUGCUGUUUUUGGAGGGUGGAGCUUUUGCUUGUUUAUUUAUUUAUUUUAUUCAUCCAUCGGUGUGUCGUCCGUCUAUCAGUCUGUUCGUCUGUCGUGCGUGUCUCUGUGUUGGGUUCGCUAGGCAGGAGAGACAGAGUUCUGUGUAUAAUUAUGUUAAUUGUAUGUGGACAGGUGGAGUUUAAGAAACCCCUCCUCCUAAAUUAUCUAAAUUGUGUCGAUGGGGGGAGUAAAAUCACUUUGAAAAAAAAAUGUUUUUUUGGGGGUCAUGUACCCUCAGUGGAAGGCUUUUGAUGAAUUAUGUGCGUAUGUUAGCAUGUCGAUGUUUAUAUGUGCGUAUGUUAGCAUGUCGAUGUUUAUAUGUGUGUAUGUUAGCAUGUCGAUGUUUAUAUGCGUGUCUGUAAAUGCGUCACCACUUAUGGGUGUAUGUCAGUGCAUUGCCAGUUAUGCACAUUGGUUAAUGUGUUGCUAUUUAUGUGUGUUGUUAGUGAGUCGUUAUUUAUGUGUGUAAGCGCGUCAUUAUUUAUGUGUGUGUGUAGCCAGGGAUGGCGGUUGUCCACAGAAUAUCCAGCACAUCAAAAUGUUCAUACCGUAAACCCGUUGUUCUUGUCGUUGGUGUAUAAAGACGGAAAAUAAAUUUGGGCAAAGUGAA